CUUCUUGCUAAUUUACCUCCAUUUUACGCUCCCAAAUGUCGAGCAACGACGGCGACUUCGUCGACCAGAUUCGAAAUGCGUACUUUAAUGCAUGCAAUUUUGAAUCCUUGAUGCGCGGGAUCCACAUAGCGGUCGUCGUAAAUGCUCUAUCCAAGAUAUAUACAGGACGGCAUCGUUCACCUCGAAGACACGUCGUAGCUUUCCUAAUAAUAAUUCUCUUCACGCUCUCUACGAUUCACAACGCCACAUACUGGGCAUACGUUCACCGUGCUUUCAUCUCUCACGGUGAAACCAGUCAGUCGACAGCAAAUGCACUGAACGAGUACCCAACAUGGUUUAUUGGUUUAACAUCGGUAUCGGACGUGAAUGCUAUUCUGGCCGACUGCAUCAUUAUCCGGAGAACAUGGGUAGUUUGGGGACCCGACUAUCGUGUCAUUAUCCUUCCCGUGAUAUCCACUAUGCUGAUGACAGUGUUCUCGAUCCUUGCAAUAUACCAGACCGUUACUUUCACGACGUUCGGCGUGGUCGGCGUCGACUACGCAACCGCGCUUUACGCAUCAACAUUUUCUACGACAGUAAUCUGCACGAUUGCCAUCGUUUACAAGGUCCUCAAAGUUGGUGGUCGUAAUAACUUACGCACAUAUCAAGGCGUGGUGGAGGUGGUGGUGGAGUCGUCUGUUUUGUACUGCAUUGCGACUCUGUUCGCAUUGAUAACAUACGUGAAGAGCGGUCCAGCUUCAGAGUUUGCUUCGGCCUUUUGGACGAGCGUAACAGGCAUAGCACCAACACUUCUUGUCGCCCGAGUGGCCUCUGGUGAAGCGCGUCCAGAUUAUACAUGGAAUGAUACUUCCAAACACGACUCCCCUCCAUUCCUGCGUUGGGGUGAGACACCCGUCACAUACGCGUACGAGCUCCAUAGAAAUAGGGAAAGUAUGACGGUCGAAGAUUUAUCUCUCUACGAUGGGGAGACCUCUACUUUACCUGCACUGGAAAGAAAAACGUGAUAUGGAACCCCAAUGAGAGUUUUUCGAAGAACAUCCUUUAAUUCUUGGCCUACCCUAUUUAAAUGUAUCUACGUCUCGAACUACAGAGAAACGAUCUCAGAAAAUUGAUUGCGACACAUUACUAGCCUUCAC